AAAAAUCAAUAUUUUAUAAAAUCAAAGGAAAAAACAAAAAAAUUCACAAAAUACUAUAGCAAAUUGAAAGAAAAAAAACACAAAGAAAACAUAUAAAGAUUAGUUUGUUUGGUGAAUAAUAAAUAUUAUUAUUUAAUUUACAAGGCCAUUGCAAAAAAGCGUUCAUAAACAGCAGAAAAAAAGUGUAAAAAUGUCUACAGCGGAAGCACCUCUGGUGCAAUUGGAAGAUGUUGAUCUUAUGAACCACUAUAGUGAUGAUGAUACAACCGAAAAAUCAACAGCAAACAAGCAACAAUUAACCACCGAAGUUGAGAUAAACACUAUUGGUCUCAACAAAAAGAAACGUAGAAAACCAAAGAAUAACAGACAACAGGAACAAAUGCUCUUAUCAUUAAAAGACGACGACGACGAUGAUGUCGACGACGACGCAGAUGAUGAUGAUGAUGAAGAAGAUAAUAAUGAAGUAGUGGGUGUUUCGAACAACAACAUUAACAUUGAUGCAGCAGUGCAACAAACUGUUUUAGCAUUUGAGGAACAUGAUUUUUUUGGCACCCACAACAAUCAGUUAUUAACAGAACCUACCUUUACACACAAUGGUCAUGUAAAUACACAAACAACAGCAACAACUACAAAUGGGAAACAACCUGCAAAUGUAGCGAUAGCAACUACCACGACUAGUACACCGACAAAAACAACGUCAUUGCUUUUAAAUACUCACGAUACUAGUUUAUUAACAUCUCAUUCACUGAGUAAUGGCGGUGGUAUUGGUGGUGUUGGGGGCAGUGGAUGCGACAACGAUGUGAAAACAAAUAUAGAUGAUAUUAUUGAAAGUAGCAGUAGUAGCAAUAAGACCUCAAACAGUCAACAGCAUUAUACUAGUAGUAAUUCUCCACGUUCAACCGCCGGUAAUAGUCAUACAAAUUCACCUGCGUCUAGACGUCAACAAAAUUACGCCACAGCCUCUUCUUCAGCAAACAAUCCACAUAUAACAGCAGCAGCAACAACAACAACAAGUUCGGUACCAAGAUUAUUUAGCAGUAACAUUUUACCAUCGCAUUUACGUCAGGAUUCGUAUCAUGAUGAUACUGAUGAAAUUUGUUUAGUUCCUGAAGUGGACUUUGAGUGUUCAAGUAUUAUGGAUCAUAGCGGAGAUAACAGGGAAUCCCAACCAUUGUUGGGUGGUGGUGGCGCUGGUGGCAGUGCGGGUAGUAGGGAUCAUUUUGAUAUGGCCUGUAAUACAUUUAUGGAUGAUCCCAGUUAAAUUGUGGCCCAAGUUGAGUCUGCCAUUGAGCAUGGUGUCAUGCCGGAGCGUAUUUAUCAAGGCAGCAGUGGUUCUUAUUUUGUAAAAAUUCUGCGGGGGUAAAAAAUCUUGGCUGUUUUUAAACCUAAAGAUGAAGAACCUUAUGGACGCCUUAAUCCUAAAUGGACCAAAUGGAUGCAUAAAUUAUGCUGUCCCUGUUGUUUUGGUAGAGCAUGUUUAAUACCAAAUCAAGGUUACCUCUCGGAAGCUGGCGCCAGUUUAGUCGAUCGUAAACUAAAUCUAAAUGUAGUGCCAAAAACACGAGUUGUACGUUUGGUAGCCGAAACAUUUAAUUAUGCACGUAUAGAUCGACAAAAGGCCAAGUUGAAGCGAAGGAUAAAGGAACAUUAUCCUUCAGCGAGAUUUAAUCGUAUGAGUUUGCCCUUAAAGACUGGUUCCUUUCAACUCUUUGUUGAAGGUUAUAAAGAUGCCGAUUUCUGGUUGAGACGAUUCGAACAGGAACCUCUAUCAGCCGGACUUAACAAAUCAUUUCAAUUGCAAUUUGAACGUUUGGUAGUUUUAGAUUACAUCAUACGCAACACAGAUCGUGGCAACGAUAAUUGGCUCAUCAAAUAUAGUCAACCGAAAAUAACGAAAAAAGUCAAUGGUACCGGUGGCAAAUCUCUGGCAUCCAGUCAAAAUGAUAUAAAAACUGAAAAUAUCAUCAAUACCACAGACACACUUGAUCAAGCGCAAAAUAAUAAUAUUGUCAAUCUUAAUAAGAACGAAAACGAUAAAUUAAUCGAUGUGGCAAUAUCGGUAGCUAGUUCGGGAUCACUGGCUGAAUCGAGCAGUAGUACCGGUAGCAGCUUGGGUGAUACCAAUCAGGCAGCAGCUGAUGGUCAUAGUCAAAAAUCAUUGGAUCGGCCUAAUGAUUGGAAUAUGGUAGAUGCGCCACAAAUACGAAUAGCUGCCAUUGAUAAUGGUCUGGCAUUCCCCUUUAAACAUCCCGACUCGUGGAGAGCCUAUCCCUAUCAUUGGGCCUGGUUGCCACAAGCUAAAGUGCCAUUUAGUGAGGAAAUAAAACAAUUAGUACUGCCACAAUUGUCUGAUAUGAAUUUCGUAGAAGAAAUGUGUACAGAUUUAUUUUAUUUAUUUCAACAAGACAAAGGAUUCGACAAAAGUCUCUUCGAGCGACAAAUGUCGGUGAUGAGGGGACAAAUAUUAAAUUUAACACAGGCCUUAAAAGAUGGCAAAUCACCGGUACAACUGGUACAAAUGCCUGCAGUUGUUAUUGAAAAAUCAAAGGCUUCUCGUGGCUUUUUCUCUUUUACUCAGCGCUUCCAAAAUAAAAGUCCUUUUUUCUCUUGGUGCUAACAUUUCUGUUACAAAACCAUCAAACGAAAAAUAUGUCUCCAUCUUGUUGGCUUUAUAUACAUAUAUACAACAUAUUAUAACUUUGAAAACAAAAAAUACUUGCGAUUUUUUUAUUAUAUAGUUUAUCGUGUUAAAAAGUCUUUGUUUAUUUUUUUUCUUAAGUUCCUUGUGUUAUAAUUUUAAAGUCUCAUGUGCAUAUACAUACAUACUCUAAUCUAAUCUACAUAUAAAUAUUCUUCUAUUUAGUUUUACUAUAAACAAAUCUCUAUCUAUUAUUUGUUAAACAAAAAAAUUAUAAUAUUUGGCCUUUUAUUUUAUUUAAUAUUUUGCUUAAAAUGUUAAAUAUUUUGUUUAUAUUUUCUACUAUAAUUAGGUAAAUUAAUUAAAAUAUAUACUAAAGAAUUUUUCGAACAUUUCAAUGACAGCUGCUGUUAUUUUAUAAGGUCUAGUUGUUGUGAAUGAUUCACGUUUCUAAUAAAUGAAAUAUGAAAAAUA